AUUACUGAGAGCAGGAAAGAGACAGGCUGCACUGAUGGAACCUUCUACAUUUUCUACAAAACUUUUGAAGACUAUGGAUAUUUCUUGGAUUUUUCUGCUUCAUCUAAUUUGCUCAUUGGAUGUGUCUUGUGCUGAAUCUGAUGAAACAAAACUAGCACUAGUGAAGGACAGAGACGCAAUCAACCUUGAACUUGAUUCUUCACCUCUUAAAAUUCGCAGAUUUUUUCCAUUGUGUUCACAAACAGACACAUUAUGCAUCUUAAUGUGUUCAACAAACAAUGCUCAAGGGGCCAUUCUGUCCUGGUACAAUGAAACAAAAAAAUGUUCCUCUAUUGACGUUGAUAAUCUGAGUCCCACCAUCUCUCUAAAUCUGUAUGUAAAAUAUCAGGAUGAAAACACCUACAGCUGUGUGUUUCACAGCUCCAUUAGCCCGCAGACUCAAAAUGUGACACUCAGUCAAUACUGUGAUCCAUGUCCAGAUAUAACAAAGACAGCAGUGCCAGUAAGGGUGGGAGAUAAUCUCACACUACACACCAAUUUGAAGUCCAUACAAAAGAUGACUCAAGUAGUGUGGAGGUACGGUCCCGAAAAAACUGUCAUCGCUGAAAUACUUGAAAAUGAAGUGCAAAAAUGUGACUAUCCUGAUGGGAGAUUCAAAUCCAAACUCUAUAUCGACAGUCAAACAGGAGAUCUGAAAAUCACAAAUGCCAGCCACUUAAUCUCUGGAGUCUACAAACUACUGAUCAACAAUUUUACAUCACGUUGCUGGAGUUUCAACCUUUCUGUCCAUAAUCAUUUGCCCACUCCUCAGAUUUCCAUUGACUCCAGUUAUUGUCCAUCAUCAUUCGCAACAUGUAUGCUGGACUGUUCAGUGAUGAAUGUGAGUCAGGUAAAUCUUACCUGGUACAAAGGACAAACAUUACUGUCCCACAUAUUUAUAUCUGAUCAGCACAAAAACUUUGAGUGCUUGGAUGUGCAUUUUGAGGAUAAGAACAACUACAGCUGUGUGGUCUCCAAUUCAUUCAUCAAUGAGACUAAAGAGGCUGCCAUCUCUGAACUCUGUUCAGGCAAGAAAAAAACAUUUGGGCUGGCUGUAGGUUUUUGUGUUGCUGUUGCUUUAAUCACCAUUGUAUGUUUCCUCGUGUAUAAACAUCUGACACAGAAUGGCAAGUACUACUUACAUCCAAUAUUUGAACAUUUUGGGUAAAGCAUCUUUAUAUUCAUUUUAUACACACAACUAUUAGCAGUUGCCUUUUGGUUUUAGUUUCAUGAUGUAGAAUCAUUUAGCACAGGACAAAGAGCCAUUCUUCUGGAAAUUUAACGGAAAAUAAAAGAAUAGUGGCUAUACAGUCAUGUAACACCAUUUAAAAAUAAAACUAUAACAGCUGACAUCUUUUUGUUUUUUCUAAUGAAUUUGUGUUCAAUAGAUGCUGUAAUUCAAUUUGAAAGUAAUCAAAAUUACUCAGCAGAUGCUCAAGAUGAUAAUUCUGCAAGUCAAAAUUUGAAUGCUAGAUCAACAUCUUCAUCACAAGAAUCCAUACUUCUGUCACAAUAACCAGCAAUCGUUCUUCAUAGAUCGCUGGUUCUCACACAAUAACCAUGGACUACACUUCCGCCUUUUCCUGGACUACAUAUUCA